AUGAGUUCGCUUCCAUCUCCAUCUCAUCAGAACCAUACUAUCAUAGACAUCUCUGAUUGCCCUAGCUGCCAUCGACACCAACUAGGUCUACCAUACCAAAGGCUUGCCGAUGAAGCUUUCGUACAAGGAAUACAAAAUGAACUAGAAACCCUUUCCCCAAAAAGCCAAGAAUUAAUCACCUCAACUUGGGCCUCAUUCUUGAAUUUCCCAGACAAAGAGCGUCGAAUUUUGAUUGACGGAAUACUUGCAAGAUGCUGUUCCUCGCAGUUAUCAUACAUAUCCACGUCUAUCAAGGCGCUUACCAGGAUAGACUUUUUCGCUGUUUUGCCUACGGAGCUAUCGUACCGCAUCCUCCAGUAUCUCGAUGCGACAACCCUAUGUAGGCUCGCCCAGGUUAGCCAUCUCUGGAGAAAGCUGGCCGAUGACGACGUUAUAUGGCAUCGGAUGUGCGAGCAACACAUCAACACGAAAUGCUCGAAAUGCGGGUGGAGUCUUCCUUUAUUGCAACGGCAAGGGCGCUUGGUGCAGUCCCAGAAUCCGGAUCUCGGCAAGUCGUCGCUUGAAUCCUGGAAUUCAAUUAGAAAAGUAGAUGACUUGGAGAUGAAGGCGGAUAUUCCCCCCAGUCGCAGCUCUUCGACCAGCCGUCCUCCUGCGAAGAGACAACGCGGACUGCAUCACGAGGCUGUCAAACUUGAUCCACCAUGCCAUCCUCGACAAACUCGGCCAUGGAAAGAGGUUUACAGGGAGCGGCUCAUGGUAGGACUCAAUUGGAAACAUGGAAGGUAUAGGACAACUGUGCUUGAAGGUCACAGUGACAGCGUCAUGUGCCUUCAGAUUCAUGGCAAUUAUCUUGCUACUGGAUCCUACGACGCUACAGUUAAACUAUGGAGCCUGGAUCCCGGAGAGCUCCUUCGAACUUUCGAAGGUCAUACCGCUGGUAUUCGCGCUUUACAAUUUGAUGGUCAUAAGAUCAUUAGUGGUAGCUUAGAUCGCACCAUCAAAAUCUGGAAUUGGCAAACUGGAGAGUGUGUGCUUACCUUUUCUGGCCAUGAUGAUGGCAUUAUUGGGCUAGAUGUUGCUGGGAAUAUUCUAGCAUCUAGCUCCAUGGAUGAAACCAUAAAAGCAUGGAAUUUUGAAAAUAAAGAGGCCUUUACACUCAGAGGCCAUUCGGAUGCUGUCAACUCAGUCAAAUUCGACAUGGCCUCACGUACUCUUAUCUCUGCAUCGGAUGAUUUCACCUUACGGCUUUGGGAUCUCGAUACACGGCAAUGCAUUAGGACUUUUGAAGGCCACUGCGGACAAAUUCAACAAGUUGCAUUUCUAUCACCACAGAUUGAACACUCACUAGAAUUGGGCCUCGCGGGUAGCACCCUCGCGACUACCUAUGAUAAAGCCGUGGAGGGAAUCCAGGUAAGCUAUGGUAGCGGCUUUCUAACCCAUCCUGAGCGACCCUUGCCGCCUCUAUAUGUUCUAAGUGCAAGUCUUGAUGACACGCUUCGUCUCUGGAACACUACGUCUGGUGCCUGCGUGAGGGCUAACUUGGGCCAUACCCAGGGUAUAUGGGCUCUUGCAGUGGAUGGCCUGCGUGCUGUAUCCGGUGCGGGUGAUUCCAUAACUAAGGUAUGGGAUGUUGUUACAGGUAACUGUGUGAGAACAUUGACCGGCCAUACAGCGCCGGUAACAUGUAUUGCCCUAACAGAUUCAGUUAUAGCUACUGGUAGUGAUGACUGUCGGGUGAUCGUGUCUAACUUUAAACCCUGA